GCCAAAAUCUACUAGACCUUUAAGAGGAACCUUAAGAAUUGAACAAUUUAGGGUAGUUUAAAUAUCUAAAUUGAUUUGGAGGUUCCGAAUAAAAUAAAUAAAGAAUUAGGAGAUGAGCAGCAACAUGGAACGAUGAAAUUGGAUAAGAGGUAGAUGGAAUUUAUAGCUUAGGUAAGUUAGCUUAUUUUUUCAUUAUUCUAUGAAAUUUUAAUAUAAGGUUUUUGGAAAGAGAAAUUAUCGAAUUAUUUGACUCUAGGUAGAAUUCAAUUUAUGAAAUGCUUAGCUAGCGCCUACGAAAUAGGAGAUUAUUAUAAUCUUAUCAUUCACCUUAUAGAUUACUUAUUUACUAUUACAAAAUUUCUUAAUCUAUAUCGAUCCAGUUAAUAAAAUCCACCAUCUCUAUGACUCUCAC